AUGACUCCUUCUUCAACAACAAAAUUGACCCUCAAACUUCUUAUUGACACAAAGAAUGAAAAAGUUUUAUUUGCUGAAGCAUCAAAACCUGUCGUAGAUUUUAUUUUCAACAUCCUUAGCUUGCCUAUAGGCACGGUAGUGAAGCUCAUAGGCAACAACGGCAUGGUUGGUAGCAUUGGGAAUCUGUAUCAAAGUGUCGAAAACCUCAACCACAAUUACAUGCAACAAUACCUAAGUAAGGAUGUUCUCUUAAAUCCAUCAGCUCCCAGAUGGUCAAUUGAAAUCACUCACUGUCUUCCCCCACAUGAAGAACCUCUUCAAACUUUAAAUGCAACCUCUGCUGUUAUUCUCGAGGAUGAAUUGGACAAAGAACAUCAGAUGAAAUACGACGACUAUGAUGAGGACGAAGACGAGGACGAGGAUGAGGAAGACGAAGAGGCAGAAGAGUCCGAGGAAGACAGCCUAGCAGGAGGAGAAACUAUGUUUUAUAUGUGCCCAAAUGAAUGUAGCUAUAAUGUCACAUGUGAUAAAACAACACGUUGUUCUAGUUGCAAGAGAGCUAUGAACAAUAAAAUAAAUCACGUUGGAAAUUAUGUUGAUAAAGAGUACACAAUUAAGAAUGGCUUUGUUAAAGAUGUAACUUUCAUUGUUAUGGAUGAUUUAGUCAUUCAGCCCAUGCAGGCCUUACCAGGUAUUACCAUACUUAACAAGUUCAAUAUCAAAGAUAUUGGUACUUUGAAAGAAAUGGUGGUUGAGUUGGGAGUGGAUGAGGGUAUCAAGUUGCUAAAGGCUUCUCUGCGAUCGAAGAUGGUUUUGACAAGUGUUUUCCUCAAGAAGGAGUAUUGA